AUGAAUACCAACAGCAACGUCAAGCUGCUGGCCGUCCUGGCCGACCCCGAUGAUGCCGAGCAGAGCGAGUAUCGCUUCCUCGUCGAUGACGCCCACGUCCGAUAUGUGACGCUUGAUGGGGGUCUCAUAUCUGGCGUGGAUCGCACAUAUGCCCCCGUCCUCCUCUCGCAACUGCCACCUUUUCCGCCCGGCGAUUGGAACGAGGGCCGCGUAGGAAAGGACGAGCGCACAGGGGAGCCGUGCUUCUGUGAGACGAGGCGGAGCAGCCUCCCUGGCAUCGGCGACGUCUGGCACAAGACCAUGAUCGAUCACCUGGAGCUCCACCAGCUUGACCGCGUGCGUCAGACCCUCUACCGCGUCACCCACCCAUCAUUUGAUCGCCCGGUGUUGGCCAAGUUUGCCCAAUUCCCCUGGGAGAUCCCCUACUUUGCUGCCGAGACCACCUCAUACGAGUGGAUCCACGGCCGGGGCAUCGGCCCCGCGUUUCUCGGACACAUCCACGAGAACGGCCGAGUCAUCGGCUUUUUGAUUGAAGAGGUCCCGGACGCCCGGACCGCAGAACCCGACGACCUGGCUGCGUGCCAGCGCAGCCUACAAAAGCUGCACGAUCUGGGUAUACUCCACGGAGACAUUAACAAGCACAACUUUCUGAUCCGAGGCGGCGACGGCGAAGCCGUUCUGAUCGAUUUUGAGACAGCACACAAGUGUACGGACCAGGAACUACUAGACGCAGAGUACAAGCAUCUGCAGGAUAGCUUAGCGGACACGUCAGGGCGAGGAGGUGCGGGUAUGGCGAGCGACUCAAGUUCAGACUGA